AUGGCUCAAGUGGAGAAACAGAUCGUAGCCGCGCAGAAAUUUUUGCAGAAUGUGGUUGCGUUACCUACUUUUGAUGACUUGCGUGGCAAGCAAUUGAAGCGCUUGAUAGCGUUUCUUGGCAAGAAUGUGCUGAGUGUUGAGCAGUCCGCAGCUUUGAUGCCAAUCCUGGAUUGCAAUGUCUGGGGUUUGCACAUGGAGGAGUUGAAAACUUGUAUUGCUCAGCAAACCUGUGAUGAGAAUGACGAAACCACAGCUGCUUCGCGUGCAGCGCUCCAGGAUUUCACCAACAUUCCACAUUAUUUGAGCCAAGACUGGUGGAAUUUGCUUGAAAGUGGAAAGGAUAAGGUGAGAAAUUUGGAGUCGCUGUGCGGCUUAGCUGCUUCGCUGGGCUUGAGGAAUGCGUCCGAACCAACGUACGCAGGUUUAUGUGCGUUGGCCUUUUGUGUGGGUGGCAUGCAGUUGCUGGAAGAAGACAAGUUGAAGCUGCUGACUUUGCAUAAGUCACGUAUGAAAAAGGUAUUCAGUAACGCAGUGCCGUUGGCUUCUGUCAUGGAUGUCUUGCCAAGUUCACCUGAAGAUUGUUCAAAGCAAUUUUUGAACGCGGCAUAUCCAAACGGAUUUGUUGCAGGGACUCCAGUGACAAAGUCAAUGGAUUAUAUCUGUCGGCUGGUUGCCACGUAUCCGUGUCACUGCUGUGAAAAAAAGCCGGCUCGCAAAGGGCCGGUUCAUCGAAAGCCUGCUUCUCACUCUAGUCAGGGAAUGAAGCGUCCCGCAGCAGCUCAGACUGCUGACUACGAUGAGAAGCGACGGCGGGUUUUGAAAUUGGUGCCAGCUGCGGUUUUGUCGCGUUUCAAGGGCGGCUGCUCUCGAUGCUAUCACAGGGAAUACUGCACAGUGAGUUGCUGGGCUCGCCGCGGCUACAGUUUGUAA